CCUCCUCUCGAAGAGGAGAAAUACCAAACCGCAUAAAAACCCGAUAGAAACGCUCGAAACAUCAAACUUUCAGAUUUCUCCUCCCUUUUCCCCUCUCUCUCUCUCUUUCACUUUCUUCCGCCCAUUAACAUUCUUUUCUUCUAUCUUUUCAAGUGCCCAAUAGAAAACAACGCCACUUGAUUUCAAUAAUUCAAACUCCACCCAUUUUUUUAUCAUUAUAAAAAUCACCCCUACUACCAUCUUCAUGUAUCAGCAGCGGAAUCUUCCAAUCAUCUUCUGGUUGUUAGUUUUAGCAACACCCGUCGCGAAAUGAAGGAUCGCAGGAGGCGCGGCGACGUCGUUUCGUGGAGUCGAUUCUUCUGGUGUACUCUUUUCGUCGUCUUCUCUGUCGUCCUCUUUACCGUCUCCACUUUUCGCCACUAUUUCGGAGAGAAAUUUCAACCGGAAAUCGUCUACGCAUGGAGACGGCCGGCGCUCGAGGCCACCGCCGUGCUCAGCGCCUCACCGGCGAAACCUUCGAUUUUAAUUCGGGAAACCGUUAUGUUACCAGACCAGGUUCUGUUAUUCCUAAAUUACCCUCAGUCAUCUCGUUUAUUUACAAAAGAGGACAUAAGUUGCGUGUAUCUUUCUGCCAACUCAUCAUCGUCAUUAUUAAAGCCCCUGCCUCCUAAUCAAAUACACGGUCGCGAUCUGAAUGAUCAGAUCGUGCGGUGUCCACUUAAUCCACGUGGCUCUACCGUUUCACUUGAGUUAAAAUCAGGUGGUGGUUUUGUAAACGCUGGGUCCACUCACAAGUGGGACUCGCUUGUUUAUGAAGCUAUGCUGGACCGGGACAAUACGACUGUCGUUUUUGUUAAAGGGUUUAAUUUACGGCCUGAUAGAAUUUACAACGCUUCUAAAUUUGAGUGCGUGUACGGUUGGGAUUUCAGGACACCGAAAUUUAUAUUAAGAUCCAACGUUUUAUCAAUAGCUCAAGAGAUUGCACGGUGUCAAACCCCUUUAAGCAUACUGAAUAAUCCAGCAAAAGUGAACAAUUCUAUAAAGGUUUCAAUUCGAUUGAAAGGUAGAGGAACUUUACACUCCAUAGCCCGGCCUGGGUUCGGCUCAUUGACGGAUUCGGGACCGAAUCUGGGACCCGGGAAGCCGCAUGAAAUGUGCAUAUGCACAAUGUCGCGGAAUCAAGGCAGGUUUUUAAAGGAAUGGGUGAUGUACCAUGCCCGAAUUGGAGUCCAGCGUUGGUUUGUUUACGAUAACAAUAGUGAAGAUGAUAUUGAUAGUGUUGUAGAGUCUUUAAUUGAUGCCAAUUAUAAAAUUUCGAGGCACAUUUGGCCUUGGGUUAAGACCCAAGAGGCGGGGUUCGCUCAUUGUGCAUUAAGGGCUCGAAGCGUAUGUGAAUGGGUUGGGUUUAUUGAUGUAGAUGAGUUUCUUCACUUGCCAACCGGGUUAAAUUUGCAAGAUGCUAUACGGAAUCAAUCGGAGUCUAAUGGUAACAAUGUGGCCGAGCUACGGAUUCCUUGCCAUAGUUUCGGACCGUCCGGGUUGAAACACGUACCGGUACAAGGUGUUUCUGUAGGUUACACUUGUCGGAUGACGGUACCGGAGAGACACAAGAGUAUAGUGAAACCGGAGGCGUUGAAUUCGACAUUGAUAAAUGUGGUGCACCAUUUUCAUUUAAGGGAUGGUUUUAGAUAUGUGAAUGCGGAUAGGGGGAUUCUGGCUAUUAAUCAUUACAAGUAUCAAGUUUGGGAGGUGUUUAAGGAGAAGUUUUAUAGGAGGGUAGCGACUUAUGUGGUUGAUUGGCAGAAUGAGCAAAAUGUUGGGUCGAGGGACCGAGCCCCGGGCUUAGGGACCCGAGCAGUAGAGCCGGCGGAUUGGUCGAGUAGGUUUUGUGAAGUGACUGACACGGGGCUUAGAGAUCGAGUAUUGCAAAGUUUUAAGGACCCAUUAACCAACCUUCUGCCAUGGCAAGAUGAAUGAAGCUGAGCUGCGAGGAAUUUGGGUUUUCUUUUUCUUUCUUUUGAAAAUUUUGGUAGUUUUGUUUGUUUUGGUUAAUUAUGGUGAUGUAAAAAUUGUGUAAGUAGAUAAAUUCUUUGUGUAGAUACAUGUGGUUAAUCAUACAGAGAAAUUACAAAAUGUAGUGCCAUGUGCUUUGUACAGUUGUUUCACAAUUUAUGGAAUUAUGAAAGAAAUUAUGAUU